AUGGGCAAGUACCAGGCCCAAAUUCGCGCCACGUUGAGGAAACGCACGAAGAGCAUACGUGGUGUUCUGUAUCCCUACGAUGAACAGACCGCUAGGGCGAUCAGCGUCAAUUAUCAGGAAGACCCUAGGCAUCCGGAAGACGGCCGAUACAUCUCUGCAGAACCUGAGCUGCGCCAGGCAACCGCUCAGUCAUAUGUUCACGACAUCAUUGUCGACGUGAAAUAUGCUCAUCGUCCCUACACCUUUCACAUUUUCUUCAAGCGCCAUGUGACCCUUGGAGACAAUCAGGCCAUACUGGCGCUGCGAGGAGCAACGGAGACCUUCGACGGCGACGUUCUGGUUGCAGUGAUCGGACGGAACGGCUGCGUGAACCUGACAACUGCACUCCAGAGGCGCGCUGCCAACCGUGCUGUGAAAGAAUUGGCGAAGGAACUAGCACCUAUGCGACGCAGGAGGAUGUUCCCGGCGAGAAUAUCUCUUUGA